AUGCCAAGUAAUGAUCUAGAUCGGCUUUUAGACUUUCUUCAGGAUGAAGUGGAGGGAGAAGAGAGAAUUGUGUUAGCCUCCCAAAGUUUUGAUCAACCUAAAAAAUCAAGCUUUUCCAACAGUCGUCGAGAAUCUAACGAGAAGAAGUUUCAAACAAGAGUAUCAUCAGCAACUGAUCUUUUGGCCUCUAAUCUCAAUAAGAAGAAGCUUUGCAUUUUUUGUACUGAGGAACAUAAUUCAUGGAACUGUAAAAAAGCUUCUAAACUGACUUUGCAUGAAAAACAAAGUGCUGUAGAGAAGGCCCGUUGUUGCUUCUUGUGUUUGAGAGAGGGACAUGGAGUGAAGACGUGCCGUUCCAAGUUCAACUGUCAAUUAUGUGGGAAGAAGCAUCAUUUAUUUUUGUGUAGAGCAUUGUCACCAGAACCCAAUUCUUCCUCUGUCCCUACAGAUAUUAAAGUUCGAGAAUCAAUGAUACAACACGACGAAGCUCUGGCCAACUUGUCUAAAUGUUCCAAUGUUUUCCUACAAACUUUAACCAUUCUUGUGAGAGGAGAAACCACUAAACGUAAAGCUCGAGCCAUCAUUGAUUCUGGAUCUCAGCGGUCGUAUAUUCUGAAAGCAACAGCUGAAGAAAUGAAUUACAAGGCCAAAAGGAGAGAGUAUUUACAACACUCAUUGUUCGGUGGUUCCAAUACCUCAACCUGCCAACAUGAUGUAUAUAUGAUAUAUUUGUCAAGCGUUUCCGAGGAGUAUAGCUGCCAUUUUGAAGUGCUCGGACAGGAAGUGAUUUGUGACUCAAUAUUGUCUAGAAAACGAGGGUCACAUUUUAAAGAACUUAGAGAUUACAACAUUCAUUUGGCAGAAGAUUUGGAUGAUCCGAUUGAAAUUCUCAUAGGAGCUGAUGUUGCAGGAAAGCUGAUUACCGGAAACCAUCUCCAACUGAAAAAUGGAAUCACUGCCAUUGAAACAAAGCUAGGUUGGACGGUUAUAGGAAGUGCCAAUAGUGAGAAUACAAGCUUAUUAAUCACUUCAAUGCUCACGACAAGUGCUUGCAUAACAGAUUUGUGGACUCUUGACUCUCUUGGUAUCACAGACCCAUCUGAAAAGAAGACGGCGAUUGAAUUACAAGAAGCAGCGAGGCAGCAUUUCUUAGACACAGUUAAAAUAGAGAACAAUAGGUAUAUUGUGAGUUUACCUUGGAUUGAAGAUCAUCUUCCACUUCCUGACAAUUUUGAACUUUCUGAGAAGAGAUUACACAAAGUUGUAAAGAGACUUAAAACCGAAGGACUGUUCGAAGCCUAUGGAGCAGUAUUUAAAGAGUGGUUGGAAGAAGAUAUCAUAGAAGAAGUGACUAAAAACGAGGUUAAUCUCCCUGCACAUUAUUUACCACACCGUCCUGUUUUGAAGCAGAAUAGUACCACCAAAAUCAGACCUGUAUUCGAUGCUUCCGCCAGACAGAAAGGUGCCCCUUGCCUCAAUGACUGUUUAGAAACUGGAGUUAAUUUGAUUGAAUUGAUACCAAAUAUCUUAUAUCGUUUUCGGUUGGAAAAAAUUGGAGUUAUUGCUGAUAUUCGCAAGGCCUUUUUGCAAGUUUGUCUGUCACCUUCAGAUGAAGAUUUUUUGCGUUUUCUGUGGAUUGGAGAAGAUGGUAAAUUGAAGUACUUUAGACAUUGUCGUGUAGUUUUUGGUGUGUCAUGCAGUCCCUUUUUGCUUGGAAUUGUUAUUAUGCACCACUUGCAAGAGGUUUUAAACCAUCAGGAUAAGAAAUAUCCAGAGAGGAUGGUAAAAUUAUUAAUGCAGAGUUUUUAUGUGGAUAAUUGUGUGACAAGUGUGCCAAACGAGAAAGAGCUUGAACUCUUCAUUGAGGUUGCGACCAAUGUCAUGGCUGAGAGAAGUUUUCAACUAAGAGGCUGGGAGAGCACAUGUUUAAAGGAUAGAAGCGCUCCUGUCACGAAUGUUUUAGGAUUACAGUGGGACAAAGGUCUGGAUACUUUGGGUAUAAAUAUGAACAGCCUGAAGGAACUUUGUGUAGAGAAUGUGACGAAGAAAACUAUUCUAUCUGCAGCUCAUCGUAUCUUCGAUCCUAUUGGUGCAACUUGUCCUGUUGCAUUGUUUCCAAAACUUCUGCUACAGAAAACCUGGGAGCGAAAAUUGAAUUGGGAGGAAGAAGUGGACUCCAAUACUAGAGAAGAGUUUCUGAAGUGGAUGAGAGACAUAUUUCAUCUCGAAAAGGUGCAAAUUCCUCGACAUUUAAAAACUGGUGAUGCGAAUGAGAAAUGUUCCUUGCAUUUUUUCAGUGAUGCGAGCAUGUAUGCUUAUGCAGCAGUAGCUUUUCUUCGAGUUGAGACGAGUGAGUAUGUCAAAGUUCAGUUGUUAAGUGCUAAAGCCAGAGUUUCCCCAACGGGAAAGAAGAAGACCACUAUUGCAAGACUAGAGUUAUUGGCUGCUACAAUCACUGCACGCCUUGCCUCAUCUAUCACAAAAGAGAUCCCACAUGAAAAAAUCUAUUUGUGGUCCGAUUCAACGACAGUGAUAACUUGGAUAAAAAGAGAAGAUGCUUGGAGUACCUUCGUACAAAACCGUGUUGCUGAAAUCAGAACUUUGACUUCCAAAGAAAAUUGGAGACAUGUGCCUGGUUCCUUUAAUCCUGCCGAUCUUCCAAGUAGAGGUUGUUCUGCCAAGAAACUAGUGCAGUCCAAAUGGUGGGAGGGCCCUGAUUGGCUAUAUUUACCUGCUGAUCAAUGGCCAUUCUCAGAUGUAGUAGUCAAUGAAGAUGAAGUGCUGAAGGAAAGAAAGAAAACUCUUGUGUCUACCCCCACUGCCUGUUUGAGUGCUCACGCCAUCGAAAACGUGAACACGGAAGAGCCUGAUUGGUACUAUAGUUACUUUUCCCAAUAUGAGAAAAUUGUGCGUAUGAUCGGCUGGAUAUUGAGAUUUUUUAGAAACUGCAAAAAACCAAAAGAAUUGAGAAAAUGUGAUAUUCUGGAUGCAGAGGACUUUGAAGAAGCGGAGAAAAUAGUAAUAAAGAUCAUUCAAAGUGAAGCAUUCAUUAACGAAAAAGACGAGAAAUUGAAAACUUUAAGAGUUUACAAAGAUGAGGAUGGCAUCAUCAGAUUGAGAACAAAAAUUGAGUAUCGUGAAGACAGCCAUUCUUUUCGAAGACCUGUAGUCCUUCCUUCUCAACACCAUGUUGUGAAACUUUUAAUAGUUUCUUUUCACAAUAGACAUGGACAUGUGGGGACUCAAAUGCUACUUAACCUGCUGAGAGAACAUUUUUGGAUCUUAAAUGGCCGAAAAACUGUGCGAUCGAUCAUCUCAAAAUGUGUUAUCUGCAAGAGGCAUUCUGGAAAAAAUUUAGAUGCAGAGCCAGCCCCAAUUACCAAAGAUCGAAUCAGAGACACUGCUGUAUUCGAAAUUGUAGGAGUGGACUUAGCUGGCCCAUUGUACUUGAAAGAUGAGAAAAAGACUUGGGUUUGUCUUUUCACAUGCGCGGUGUACAGAGCUGUACAUCUUGAGCUCCUAUCAGACAUUUCCACUGACACAUUUUUGUUGGCCCUGCGCAGAUUUGUGGCAAGAAGAGGUAGAUGUUCAGUUAUCUACUGUGACAAUGGAACAAACUUUAUUGGUGCUAGUAAUUUGCUCCGUUCUUUAGACUGGAACCGGAUCGUUGAGAACGGAGCAAUACAUCGCAUUAAAUGGAAAUUUAACCCCCCUACUGCAUCCUGGUGGGGAGGUUGGUGGGAGAGGUUGAUUCGUGUUAUGAAAAAUGUACUAAAGAGGGUGUUAGGUCAUGCCUUUUUGUCAUAUGAGGAGAUGAUUACGGUUCUCUGCGACUGUGAAUCGAUAAUCAACUCGAGACCUCUCACCUAUAUUUCAGAAAGAGAUACAGAUUUUGUUCCACUGUCACCAUCAUUAUUCCUACAAGACAUUAGAGAAGUUGGAGUGCCCGACUGUGAUGCAGCAGAUCACAAAAGCCUAAAUAAAAGGAUAAAAUAUCGUCUUGCUUUGCAAAAGGACCUUAGGAAAAGAUUCAGGUCUGAGUAUUUAGGCUCGUUAAUUCAAAGGCCAAAGCUUCAAAAUAAGUCGAUUAUUUCUGUUGGUGAUGUUGUUCUUGUAGGAAACGAUAAUCAGAACCGUAUCAACUGGCCCUUGGGACGUGUGACAGAAAUCAUCCCCGGAAAAGAGGGAAUUACCAGACUCGUGAGACUUAAAACAGCCCGUGGAGAAAUACUAAGACCGAUUCAACGACUGUUUCCAUUGGAGAUAACUUAUGAUGUGGCUAAGGAUGUCAGAGCUAAAGUGCAACAAGAGCAAGUUACUCCUAAAGUGCAACAACAGCAAGUUACUCCUAAAGUGCAACAAGAGCAAGCUGCUCAUGAAGUGUCGCAGACACGAGUAUUAGAUCCUGAAGGUCCCAUUUCAGAAACUGUCAAAACUCGAUCUGGAAGAAUCGUACAUGGACCAAAAAGACUCGAUUUGUGA